AUGGUGGUUCGGACAACUCAGGGACAAUCAAGCAGGAAAGUCUUUGACGUAAGAAGUGGAACUACGCUGGGAGAUCUACUCAGAGACUAUGCCAAGGCACUGAAGCUGUACCACAUUGACAUGGAGGGUGUGCGGGAGUCAGUAGCCCCCAUUCUUACAUACACGGCAUUUGUAACCGCACAGAUAUUUGUAUUUCUAUGGAUAGUCUCACACAUUGAGGGGACAGGGGAAGUGGGCUCUGCCAUGGGGCAGUCCUUUGGAGCAUUUUGCGUGAUGAUUCUGUUUUUCUUUGGGGCUGGAUACAUCUACAGAGAGAUCCUUGGGAAGCGAAUCGACACGCCCUAUGUCUCGUAUGUCUAUGUCGUUGGACUCUCUGUUGUGCACUAUCCAUACCUCAUGUUUGUAGGUCUACUGGCAAAGAACAUAUGGAUGUUUCUCUGCAUGAUGGCGAUUUCCUCUAUCUCCCAGUUCCUCAUCAGAUCGUCGAUGUUAAGGAACUAUGAUUUCGAAAGCAAUAGAGACAGAUUCAUGUUUGACAUCACCACGUUUAUUCUUCAGUGCGGAUUUUGCUUUGGAAGUCUCUCUCUAUUUAGUUUUUUGUCACCUACUAAGUAA